AUGUCUGUUGUUGUUGUUGUUAUUGUUCUUCUUGUUGAUGCUAAUCGGAGUCCCCAGCCAGCCCGAUACCCUCGCGUAUCUGCGACCAACCCCAAACUCAACUGGAUCAAUCCAAUCACACGGGCGGGCGGCUGCACUGGGGCUGAUAUCACGCAUUGCGACCGGGAUAGGGCUUCUCGGCCAGACCGAUACUGGUCUAUCUUUGGCUACGCAUCGGCAGUAGCUCUGGUGGGGUCGCGCCCAGAGGAAUGA